AUGGAAGGGUCAGUGAAAUAUGAGAACAAUGAAGACCAGCUCAAUUUCAAGGCAACUGAGCUGAGAUUGGGAUUGCCUGGAAGCACAGAAGAGCCUGAGAACAAACAAGCAGCAGGACCUCCUCCUCCUAGGAACAACAAGAGGUCAUCACCCGAUCCAACGGCGGAGGAGUGUUGUACAAAUUCUGAUCACAUAGAUGCCCCUCCCACCAAGGCACAAAUAGUUGGGUGGCCUCCAGUGAGAUCUUAUAGGAAAAACAGCAUGCAAGCAAGAAAGCCAGAGGCUUACGUGAAAGUAAGCGUCGAUGGAGCUCCUUAUCUGAGGAAGAUUGAUCUCAAGGUUUACAAGAGCUACCCAGAACUCCUCAAGGCCUUAGAGAACAUGUUCAACCUCUCCAAUAUUGGAAACUACUCAGAGACACAAGGCUACAUUAGUGGAUCUGACUUUGCUCCUACUUAUGAAGAUAAGGAUGGUGACUGGAUGCUUGUUGGAGAUGUCCCAUGGAAUAUGUUUGUGUCUUCCUGCAAAAGGCUGAGAAUCAUGAAAGGAACUGAAGCUAGAGGAUUGACUUCUUGUUUCUGA